UUAUCGCGUCUUUUACACCUUUAACAGUCAAUACAUACAUUUCUCUAAUAAAUAGGCAAGUCAAUACAUACAUUUCAAUAAACUUCUCAAAUUCCAUAUCGCCACUUUCUCCUCCCCAAGAAUCCAUGUUCAUGCUCGCCCGAAUACUCCUCUUAUGGUUCUCAAUUAUCUUCAUGUAUUUAAACAAUACCAUCACCCUAGCGGAAGCUAAGUUCAUUUCCAGUCAGUGUGAAAACGCAGCUAAUGACACCAGAAACAGUACGUACCAAAGAAAUGUCGAGAACACCCUCUCCGGCCUCCUCAACACCAACUCUGGAUAUGGUUUCUUCAACUUCUCCGUCGGCCAAGGAAACGACAGGGUCUACUCCAUCGCCCUUUGCCGGGGGGACGUCGAGUCCGAUUUGUGCCAGAGUUGUCUGAAUGACUCUAUUGUUCAGUUGCGAGAAAACUGCCGAGAGUAUAGGUAUAGCAAAGCUGCAGUGAUAUUCUACGAUCUCUGUUUGUUGCAAUACUCCAAUGAGUAUAUUUUGGGAAACCCUCGAACAAAUAAGAAUCCAUUAUUUGAGUGGAACAUACUAAAUGCAACGGAUCAGUCCCGGUUCAAUGGGUCUCCGGGGCCAUUGUUGAAACGGCUGACAGCUGAGGCGGCUGCCGGCGGUCCGUUACUGAAGUUUGCUGCUGGGAACAUGAGUGGGCCAGAUUUCUCAACGAUUUAUGGGCUUGUUCAGUGUACUCCAUACUUAUCAGAAGCGCAGUGUACUACGUGCUUGGAUAAUUCAAUCAAUACGUUUGCGAGGGAGUACUAUACUGGGAGCAGUAGAGGAAGAGGUCUUCUACCUACGUGUAAUUUUAGGUACGAGACAUAUAAGUUUUUUAACACGAGUACUCUGGUUAUACCCUCACCAUCACUGGGGUCUCCGUCGUUUCAACCACCACCAGGUAAAAAUACGAACAAAACACAAACUGUGAGAAUAAUAAUCAUUAUUAUUGUCCCAAUCUGUGUGCUCAUAGUAAUUACUUCCAGUUAUAUCUUCAUGAGGAAGAAGACACAACAAAAGCCUCCUACAGAAAAUAUAGAAACUAAAACCAUGGAUAUUGGCACUUCUGAAUGUUUGCAAUACAACUUUAGUACUCUGAAAGCAGCAACAAAUGAGUUCUCAGAAGACAAUAAACUUGGAAAAGGUGGAUUUGGAGCGGUUUACAAGGGUAAACUUGGGGAUGGACAAGAAAUUGCAGUUAAGCGGCUAGCAAGGGAUUCUGGGCAAGGUGACAUAGAAUUCAAGAAUGAGGUUGUGCUUGUCGCGAAGCUUCAGCAUCGUAAUUUAGUUAGGCUGCUUGGUUUCAGCAUAGAAGGAAGUGAGCGGCUUCUCAUUUAUGAGUUCUUACCGAAUGCAAGUCUUGAUCAAUUUAUAUUUGAUCCAACUAAGCAUACAAUACUUGAUUGGGAAAAGCGAUACAAGAUCAUCAAAGGCAUUGCCAAGGGACUUUUAUACCUUCAUGAAGACUCCCGUCUAAGGAUUAUUCAUCGCGAUUUGAAAACCAGUAAUGUUUUGUUAGAUGUUGAAAUGAAUCCUAAAAUUGCAGAUUUUGACAUGGCCAGAUUGUUUAACCCUGAGGAAACUCAAGGCGACACAAAUCGAAUAGUUGGAACCUAUGGUUACAUGGCACCAGAAUAUGCCAUGCACGGCCAAUUCUCAGUAAAAUCAGAUGUAUUUAGCUUCGGAGUUUUGGUGUUAGAAAUGGUAACAGGUCAAAAGAACCAAUACAUUCGUAAUGGAGAGAGCAUGGAACACCUUCUUAGCUAUGCAUGGAAAAGUUGGCAAAAUGGGACUGUGUCAAAUAUUAUAGAUCUCACAUUGACGACUGGAUCCGGUUCAUUGGGCGACAUCACUAGAAUUAUCCAUAUUGCUUUAUUAUGUGUUCAAGAAAAUUCUGGUGACAGGCCACCCAUGGAUGAGGUUGUUCAUAUGCUUAAUAGCUUCUCUCUCACGCUUGUAAUACCCUCAGAGCCUGCAUUUUUCAUACGUAAUACCAUUCAUCCCCAAGUGCCACUCCUGAUUUUUUCCGAAAAUAUUGUCUCUAUAUCUGAGAUAGCUCCUAGAUAGGUUUUGAAUGUUUCAUGUUUUAAAAGUGUUACGGAUGCUAUUUGACAUGUUAGAGCUAUAAACAAGUUGAUGAUAAUUUGAAGCAAUGUUUAGCUAGCCACGAUAUGUUUUAUUGUCUUUUUUAUCCGAAAUUGUAUUAUAACUAUGAAAAUGCUAAAGGAACG